GCCAUGUUUCGUGUUUCGCCAGGAGACACCUCCGUGAGCACCACUCCUCGGCUCCGCCAAGGCGGUCCUGUGUCGAGGCUGGCGCCCAUGGCCAGCCACAUAUACCCCGUGGUCGCCAUGCCCACCACUCAGGAGCAGCGCCCACCGCCGGCGAUGGGUCCUGAUCUGAUAUGAGAUGGCCCCUCCGACGGGGAACCCUCUGCGGAUGGCGCACUGGACCUACACCAGGCCGGCAGAGCUCCAGCCCGGCAGGAGAACGAAGCCCUGUCACCACUUUCCCCCCCUAGAGAUGCCCGUUAGGCUCUGCCCUGCAGGGGAUGACCCCGUUGCCAUGGGCUCGUUAUUGGCCAGCCAGCCCCCCAGCACGGCCGACGACUCUUCCGUCCAUCUAAACGUCCCAAGUCUGUCGAGCCUCGUCCCGGCCCCGGGGGGUGGGGUUGCCGUUGCUACGCCAGAGAGCCGUGGUGCCUGGCUGCCCACCCUUGGUUCCAACGUUGUCUUUAAGUUGCCGCGCCCCUCGUCUAUCGUUGUCUCUGGUUUCUGUUUCCCCUCCUCAUCCCGU